AUGAUAGGUAACUACUUUGAAUUAGUACUUGGAACGGCAAUUGUUAAUGACUUGGGUGCUUAUGACGGAAUUAUGGCAGCUGCUCACGAAAUAGGACAUUUGCUCGGAGCGGAUCAUGAUAAUGACAAUAAAUCUUGCGCCCCUUAUCUUGGCUAUGUUAUGAGCCCAUACUUGGCUUAUAAGACAACAUCGUGGAAUUGGUCGUCAUGUUCACGAUUGAAUUUCCGUGAUUUCUUGGGAUCGGGAAAAAGUACAUGUUUGCACAAUAAACCAAAAGGAGGUAUAGAAAUACCUAGAUUAUUACCGGGAAAGAUAAUGGACGCAAACGAACAGUGUAAAAUGUUAGGGAGCUUAUCAGCAGCCGAACUUGAUGACUUAAUGUGUACAGAUUUAGUUUGUAAUGAAAAUGAAAACGCGACGGUUGAACGAUAUUAUCGUUUUGGUGCUGCUGAUGGAACUAAGUGUGGCAUUGGUAAAAUUUGUCUUCAUGGAUCAUGUAUUUAUGAAAAUGAAGUAUCUUAUUGA